AUGAAUAAGAUGAAGAACUUCAAGCGCCGCUUCUCCCUGUCGGUGCCCCGCACCGAGACCAUCGAGGAGUCCCUGACGGAGUUCGCAGAGCAGUUCAGCCAGCUGCACAGCCGGGACCAGGAGGAUCUGCAGCUUGGUCCUCUUGGCAGAGACGCCCAGCCAGAGCCCAGCACCCUCUCCCCCACAGACGGCGGGGAGGAGCCCAGGCCGCCGUCCCCCGGCACGCAGUACCGGCGGCCGAGCCAGCGCCGCUUCUCCAUGGAGGACAUCAGCAAGAGGCUCUCCCUGCCCGUGGACAUCCGCCUGCCCCAGGAAUUCCUGCAGAAGCUGCAGCUGGAGAGCCCAGAGCUGCCCAAACCGCUGAGCCGCAUGUCCCGCCGAGCGUCCCUGUCAGACAUCGGCUUUGGGAAACUGGAAACAUAUGUGAAACUGGACAAACUGGGGGAGGGCACCUACGCCACCGUCUUCAAAGGGCGCAGCAAGCUGACGGAGAACCUCGUGGCCCUGAAGGAGAUUCGGCUGGAGCAUGAGGAGGGGGCGCCCUGCACCGCCAUCCGAGAGGUGUCUCUGCUGAAGAACCUGAAGCACGCCAACAUCGUCACCCUGCACGACCUCAUCCACACGGAGCGGUCCCUCACGCUGGUGUUCGAGUACCUGGACAGUGACCUGAAGCAGUACCUGGACCACUGUGGGAACCUCAUGAGCAUGCACAACGUCAAGAUCUUCAUGUUCCAGCUGCUCCGGGGCCUCGCCUACUGCCACCGCCGCAAGAUCCUGCACCGGGACCUGAAGCCCCAGAACCUGCUCAUCAAUGGGCGGGGGGAGCUGAAGCUGGCGGACUUCGGCCUGGCCCGGGCCAAGUCCGUGCCCACGAAGACCUACUCCAACGAGGUGGUGACGCUGUGGUACAGGCCCCCCGACGUGCUGCUGGGCUCCACGGAGUACUCCACCCCCAUCGACAUGUGGGGCGUGGGCUGCAUUCACUACGAGAUGGCCACGGGGCGGCCCCUCUUCCCCGGCUCCACGGUGAAGGAGGAGCUGCACCUCAUCUUCCGACUCCUCGGGACCCCCACGGAAGAGACGUGGCCUGGGGUGGUGGACCAGCCUGAGUUCCGUGCCUACAACUUCCCCCGGUACCUCCCCCAGCCGCUCAUCAGCCACGUUCCCAGGUUGGACUCCGAAGGCAUCCACCUCCUCACCAGCCUCCUCUUGUACGAGUCGAAGAGCCGUAUAUCCGCAGAGGCAGCCCUGAGCCACCCCUACUUCCGGUCUCUGGGGGAGCGCGUGCACCAGCUCCCAGACACCGCCUCCAUCUUCUCCCUGAAGGAGAUCCAGCUCCAGAAGGACCCAGGCUGCCGGGGCCUGGCCUUCCAGCAGCCAGGGCGAGGGAAGGGCCGGCGACAGAGCAUCUUCUGA